UAUUAUGAAAUAGCACCAGAGAUGCUGUUGUGCAAAUAUUUCCUCGACAAGAAACUGGGUACUUCUCACAGUCACAGGAUAGAUUAGUGGAUGAAGUAUGACAGAUUCCAAUUUAUUAUAUUGCUAGAGAACUAUUUAAAUAACGGCUCACACGUCAUCUCCUUACAAGUGUUGAAAAAGCAUUGUUUGAGGAAUUAUAUAAUCACUCAAGAAGGGGAAAAAGCUCGACUUGGACCUGCAUCAACUUGAAUUUACACAACGCAAAAAAAGAAGAACCAAACCUCUGCAGCCACGACAAUGGAUAAAGCUGAUGGAAAUGAUAGCUACAGACGUCUCUCAGUGGAUGGCAGAAAGCUUUAUGAUUCAGUUCAUGCAUUGAAAAACAGCCCUAUAAGGGUUGGUACACUUUUCCUUGGGUUGCUGUGUGCCUUCCUGGUGGCUGGAAUCAUUGGUCAAGCAAUCUACAACGGGAAAGUGGUCAAAGAUCAUGAGAAUACAUUAGAAGCUGCCAGAAAGGAGAAUGAAAUCCUACAGUCAAAACUGAAGAUUGUACAAAAUGACAAGACUAAUCUUGAAAUCAACCAUGGGCAUUUACAAUCAAGUUUUAACUACAUGUCUAAAUCAACAAAUCAAGUACAAAGCAACAACAACUUACUAACAAAUGAAGUGAACACACUUAAACAGAGUCAAAGCAAUUUGCAAGUCACUAAUGCUGCUUUGAACAAAGAACGUGAGCAGCUUAAGGCCAGUAAGGAGCAGCUACAGACUAAUAAUAAGGCCUUGUCGACUGCUAAAGACUUACUACAAACAAAGAUUGAAUCACUGACCAAGAGCAAAAAUGUCUUACAGACCAACUACGACUCUGUGACUAAUGAAAGGGACAAUUUGCAGAGAAAAUUCAGUAAUGCAACAAGUUCAAAAGAGGAGUUGCAAACGAAUUACAACAGCCUGAUCAAGAAUAUUGAGCACCUACAGGAAAAACACAGAAUCUCCUCAAGCGAGAGGGACAGCGUUGCCAGCAGUCACCAGAAUCUAACAUUGGAAACAGCACAUUUACAGAAUGCAUACGCCAUACUCGCCAAUGGCACUAACAACUUAAUAUCUUCCUACAAUUCUGCAGUCUUAGAGAAAGAAGCCAUUGAAACCCGCUUGCAAAAUAUGACUGCAGAAAGAGACCAGCAGAGAGUGAAUAUCAGCAACAUGAAUGCAGAGAUAAACCAGCUGCAGGCUGACAUCUCAACUCUGAAUGCAACAGUGCAAGCGAAUUUAAACAAGGUCUGUCCGAGUGGCUGGAAGAAGUUUGAGAAAAGCUGCUACCUUACUUCUACAUCAAAGAAGACAUGGUACCUGAGCAGGAACAACUGUCAAUCAAAAGGAGCAGACCUGGUUAUCAUAAACAGCCAAGACGAAAUGGAAUUUGUUAAUGGCUUGUUGUCAGGUGCAACCGAGGGCUGGAUUGGACUGAGUGAUGAGGGAAUUGAGGGUCACUGGAAGUGGGUGGACGGAACCCUAUUGACCUUAUCUUUUUGGGCUGACGACCAGCCCAACAGCUUUGAUGGUGACCAGGACUGUGUUGAGCAUUGGCACCGCUCUUCGGGGAAGGGCAAAUGGAAUGAUGCAAAAUGCAGCUCAAAGAAAAAUUGGGUAUGCGAGAUGUAGGCAGAACUAACUGGUAGAAUUCGCACAAUGUUUUUGAAAGAUUGACUGGAAUAAUUAAGUAGGUGUAUGUCCAUUUUGAUACUUUAUGCAACUAAGAUAAAGAUUUAAUUUGUAAUUUAUAUCCAAAAUGUUCUAAAUAACCUUUGAAAAGUUCGAACACAAAAACUAUUAAGUACUCACAGCUUUAUUUACAGUUAACACUGAAAUGUAUGUAGGUAAAUUUAAGUAUGAUCAAGACAAUGUCUGUGAAUUUAUGCAAAAGUGCACAACCUUGCACCAAACAUCAGAAAGCCAAAUGAGCUACACCUCUGGAUGCAGUGUCAGUGGAAGCUGUCUACAACAGUAACAAAAUCUCUGACCUCAGCUGUACUGCAAACAAUAAAUAACUGAUGUUAGUAUCUCAGGAUCGGUCCUGUUUGCUGCGCUUCAAGAGGAUCAUGGUCACAGUAAAUCUAUCAAAUCAAUUGAAACAAGGAGCUUUCUAAAAAAAAAAAAACCUGAAAACUUAGUGAGAUCAUAAUGGGAGUACAGUUCAUGUAUUUUUUUCAAAUGCUGAAUGAUAAUGCAUGUUGCAUUGUUUUGUCCAAUGAAUUGCAUGUAUGGUUCAGAACUGCUGUUUAAAUGCAAAGCAAAUUCCAGAUCUUAUGUCUGACAAUAAAGUAUUUCAUGUA